AUGGGAAUAUCCCAAUAUAUUGAGGGUCAUUUAAUAAUCAGAAAUUUGUUUAAAUCGAUACAGUUCAGUAGGGUGGUUUUUGUAAAUACAAGCGUUCCUAACUCUAUCUGCUGGACGAAAACGAGCAACAUUCACUAUCUUGGCCUUGAAAAUAAGCCACAUAAUGAUGUAGAAAGUUGUCUGAAGGAAUGUUCAGAUACAAGUCAAUGCACCAUGGUUGAUUAUGACAUCGGGACCAAUCCACCCUGCUGGAUACAAACAUUCUCCGCUGCUCCUGACUAUAACCUCUUAGUUUGGCACGGUACAAAUGAUAACUACAUACUAAAUAGAAACUGUCUGGCCUCACCUCCAGCGAUGGAAGAAGUUGAGGAGUAUAUUCCCCACUCAGCCUGCUGGUCGAAGAGACAUCUGAUUCAUUACCCUGGCCUGACCAAUUCACCCCACUCCGACCGGCAGAGUUGUCUCGAUUAUUGUUACAACACCCCGCAAUGUCACAUAGUUGAUUUCGAUAUCGCCACCAAUCCACCAUGCUGGGCGCAGUUAUCAGCGGGUCCUGUCUACACUGAAACUUUGAGAUAUCACCCGACUAACGACAACUACAUACUCGACAGAAUUUGCCUCGUCUCACUUCCACCACCACCACCUCCUCUCCCUCCUCAGCCAGCUGAUAAUCCAAUAUGUUGGACGAAGACACGUUUUAUACAUUACCCUGGCCUCACCAAUUCUCAGUUCACCGACUCAAGCAGUUGUCUCAACUACUGCCUCAGUCUGGAGCAGUGCAACAUUGUUGAUUUCGACGUUGCAACUACCCCUCCGUGCUGGGUCCAAACAAAUGCUGGCCCCGUUCAAACUGAAACUUUGAGACCUCACUCAACCAAUCAUAACUACAUUCUCAAUAGGAUUUGUCUGGAGUCGCCUCCAACAAUCGAACCAGCUGAAGCAGAUCUUCCAGAAUCAGCUUGUUGGUCGAAAAGACACUUGAUACAUUAUCCUGGCCUGACCAACAUGCCUUACGCCGACCGUAUCAGUUGUCUUAAACACUGCCUCAGCUUGGAACACUGCCACAUUGUUGAUUACGACGUUGCUACCAACCCACCUUGUUGGGUUCAAACGUUUGUUGGUCCCGUUUUGACGGAAACUUUGAGGCCCCACCAAACAAAUGACAACUACAUUCUGAACAGGAGAUGUCUGCCAGAUGCAUGGACAGUUCCAACCCUGCCUCCUCCACCUCACGUGGCUCUUAGCAGCGUCAAUCAUCUUUGUUGGACGAAAACACAUCUCAUGCAUUACCUUGGCCUCACUCAGUCACCAUUCAGUGAUGUGAACAGUUGUCUUGAGCACUGCCUCAAUUUGGAAGUAUGUUCACUGGUUGAUUUCGACGUUGCUACCAAUCCACCAUGUUGGGUGCAAACAUUCCCAGCUUCAUUCGAUACUUUGUAUCCACAUUCCACCAAUGACAACUAUAUCCUGAACAGACUGUGCAUACCAGCACCUCCAGUAGCAGCAGCGCCUGUUGAAGCUGACAUUCCCGCCUCGACAUGCUGGUCAAAAAGUCAUUUAAUACAUUACCCUGGCCUCACUCAGGCGCCUUUCACUGACAGAAACCUUUGCAUCGGAUACUGCCUGCAGAUGGAGCAGUGUCACAUCGUCGAUUUUGACGUGGCCGUGAAACCAUCGUGUUUCGUCCAAACGGUGCCAGGUCCCGUCCUCACUGAAACUCUCAGAGAGCAUCCGUCAAAUGAUAAUUACAUACUAGACAGAAUGUGUCUGACGUCCUUGCCCCAGUCACCUAAUGUUCCAACACCCGCACCACCUCCUGAUAAUUUAGAGGAGACAGUAUCGCCAAAUUUCCCGGAUUUCCCUUGCUGGAUGAAAAGAUUGAAGUCCUCGUAUCCAUUCCUCGUUCCGGCUCCUUUCUAUAACCUGGACAGCUGCUUGAGAUAUUGCAUAAGUUUGGAGGAUUGUUAUGUUGUCGACUACGACUACAAAACCGAUCCGCCAUGCUUGGUUCAAUCUAUACCGGGCCCAAUUAAUGAAAAUAUCAUCACCAUUCACCAAAGUAGAACAAACUAUAUUUUAGAUAAGAGAUGCUUGGAACCAAAUUUAGUGCCAUACAGUGUCGAACUCUGCUGGGCUUGGAGAGAGAAAUACCACUACGAAGGUCUUAAAAACGUUCCCUACAACAACCUCCCUUCAUGUUUGAACUACUGUGCCAGUUAUGAAAGUUGCUUUAUGGUUGAUUAUGACCCCAAAGUAACUCCACCAUGCUUCGUUUGGGAGGACCAAAGUCCGUUCAAUGCUUCAAAGUUUGAAAACCAUGACACUGCAUCCAACUUUUUGUUAGACAGAGAAUGUCUCAGUUACUUCAACUAUUCAGAAUUCUUCAAUUCAGAGCUGUGUUGGACAGAAACGGCGAAUUCAGAAUACCUUGGCUUGCAACAGACGCGCGGCACCACCCAAGACUCCUGCUUGAACACUUGUGCCGAUUCAGCCACUUGCAACGUUGCUGACUUCAAUCCAUCGGACAAUCCACCGUGCUGGAUUCAAACCGAUGGAAGUGCGGUUGAUCUCAACAACUUGAAGCCUAAAGAUUCGGUGACCAAUUUUGUUCUGGACAAGACAUGUGAAUAA